GGGGAAAUCUAGAAACGCCAUCGGUGAACGUGUAACCAUGGAAACCAAUCGCAACUCCAUCGGAUUGUUAUUUGAUGAAAAAGCAACUGCUGCCUCGACUUGCCCACAUUUGCUGGAGGUGCCAGGUCGAGAAAGAAUUAUCUGCAUCAUCACAUUACGUUGAAGCCAUAGAAUGCCGCGUCGAAAACCCAUCACGAAGCUGGGCGUAUUUGGGAAGUACGACCAGAACCCGGAACAGGCAGUAGAAAAUUACUUCGAAUCCAAAUUAAACAACAAGUGCUACAUCAAUGUCCCCGGUUGGGAUGUCGCCCGCAAUGGGUUCGAGCUUAAGGGCAUUCACAAUGACCGGGAGUAUAUGGAAAUCACCAAGGAGCAGCACCGGAUGCGUGAACAGGCCCAACGGCAGGUGGUCACCAACCGGAAGCGGCUGGAGCAGACGACCGAGCUGCUGCAACGGAUGCGCGCUGAGUUUGUCGAGUUGAACGAUUUUCUCAAGGAUUGCGAAAUGAAGGAACAGGGCGCGCUGGACACGGUCAAGCGAGAAAAGGAAAAACAUGUACAGUACGAAGAAAAGAUCGCUCAGCUCGAGUCGGAUCUGGAGCAGCUGGACGAGUUUGUAGUGAAGUAUGAGGAAACGAUCAAUCAAUUCGAACCGUUUGAGAAAGUAAUGGAACAGACAAUUGCCGAAUCGAAGACUUACGAAACCAUGCAAGAUCUUAUCCAGCGCUGUGAUUCAUUGCUACUAGCCCAGGUGGAAAUUUCUGCCGUAGAGCAGCAAAAGAUUCAAGAAAUCGAGGAAAUUCGCCAGAACCUGUUCAAGGCAACGAAAACCGCCCUGCACAUCAUUACCGGGCUGAACAACGAUUUGUCGGAGCUUCUGACACAGUACGUUGCGGCAAAGGAGGAAGGAUUGCGCUGGGAAAAAUCGGUCACCGUCGUCAAGAGCUACAUGGUGGAGAACGAAUCGAGCAUCAACUGCCUGCUAGAUGCGAUAAAUCACGUGUACAUACUGUUGCGCAAGCGGCGCGGCUCCCAGCCGAAAGCUCCGCGCGGGGACGUCGAAACGCAGCUGGAUCACAUCAAGGAGGAGAUCGAGAUACUGCACGAGGUGCGCCGGCUGGCGGCUGCCAAACUCCGCAACGAAGGCCACAGUCUGUGUGCGGAGAAGGGUACGCAGCGACGGAAAACCGCACUUUAAGUGGAGAAUAUGUGAUAUUAGCGGCACAAAUGCGGCAACACAGACUACAGACUAGCGGAUUUAUUUGACAACUUUGAGUUUAUUCAUUCGCCUCACGCGCGCGUUUAUUAUUGUUGUUUUGUUUGUUCGUUCAUUUUGUGUUUUGCUCCUUAGUGUGAUUUUUACUCGUAGGUUUUAAACGAUAGCAUUUAAUUUCAAUCAACCAGCUGUUCGGUGACACUUUACUCUUUCGCUACUCUGUGUCGAAUCAAUAAUGCAUAUAAGGUAAGGGGAAAAUGGUGUGUUAGAAGAGGAUCUUCUGUUUCAUGCAUAUGCAUAUAGUAUAUAUAUACGUAUUUUUCUGUUAUGUAUUUUUAGUCGCAUGUUUUGCAUGUCGCACGAGAUAUAUUCAUCUAAAUGUUUCACCCACGCGAACUCAACCUUUGCGAUCUUUCGAUCUGCAGAGCCCCGCGGCCUCGUGUGUCUGUGUCUAGGCUGGCUGCAAGGGUUGCAUCAGGGCAGCCAUGCACACUAGGAAAACUUAGUAGGCUUAGCGCUUUGUCGUGUAAACUGCCCUGGUCCGUAAUUAAAACGUACGUGAAUUAAUAUAAUAAUAAUUAUAGAUUGCAUAAAUAAGCUUAGCCUGUCUGCCAGUCGGCCGCACAAUAACGAUAAUGAUGGUGGGAUAAAAUAUUGUGACGAUAAAAAAACAGGACAAAAUAAUGAUACUACCGCACACUGUAACGAUUUUUCGGCUUCCGUUUGUGCAUUUAAUGUAAAAGUCAAGCAGCAAUCCAGUUCGAAAACCAAAUCCAGUAGUGGUGCAGAGUGCAGAAAAUUUGCAAAUAAAAACUAUAUCCCGCAUAUCAACCUUUCUUUCACCUAACAAUACUGUAUUGUGUGUGUGUGUGUGUGCUUUAGCGAGAAAAGGUUUGAUUCAUUACGGUUGCUUGUACCGCAUCGUAUCGUACCGACAAGGAAUGAUGAUUUGCAUCAUUUGGAGUGCAAAUAGCAAAGGAAACCAUUCAAAACGAAGUAAAUAAGAAGCAAUACGAAGUAUCAAAACUUCCACAAAUAACAAAGAAAUCCGUCGUGUGGUUCGUCUUCAACAAAUCCUGCUGCAUUACUGUGUGCAGGGAGCAAAAUAAACGAAGAAAAAUACUGAGAUUUUGUUUGCAAACAAGGACAUUUGCAUUUGCUGCCAUCUAACAGCAACCACGUGGGACCGUGAGUGAAGCAAUCUUACCAGUGAGAUGUGCUUGCUGUAGUACUAGGAAUGCGUUCAUUUGUUUUCUCACUACUUAUGUAUAUUCCAUGCUUGCCCCUAUCUCUUCUUCCUAUGUAAACCUGCGCGCCUGUGUAUAUGUGUGUCUUUUUUCUCUUGCUUUUCGGAUGAGUACUAAGCAUUGAUUGCAUUUCUGAUAGAGAUUGGGCGGGGGUGUGUGACAUUGCUUCGGAUGCGUUAUUCCUCCUAUCGUUCGUAAUGCUGAUUUCUUACUGUGUACACAACAUGGCUAAAUGUUUGGCGGCAUCCUGUACUGGGGUAUGGUUUGCAUUGUGUCUAUAUACCUACGUUUCAGGAUAAAUUGUACACAACGAUAAUAACAGGAAAAGCAUCACAUCUCGGCAUGCUGCUCCCUUUAUACACGUACGCACACAGCAUCAUUCUACUUCUGCUUUCUUUACGCGCGCGCUGUAUAGAACUUUUCUUUAUGCAUGUAUAUAUAUAAUAUAUAAGUAUAGUUAUAUAUUCAUCUCUUUUGCAUCUAGCAUUUUUUUUUCAUUUUCUUAGUGAACAAUAA